AGAAUUCCAUUGCUUCAAGAAUGUCAUUUUUUCCUCUGUCAUCUAAAUCAUAAUUUUUUUGCUUAGCUGUCGAUUCGUUAUUAUAACUUUCAGUUGCAAUUAUCAUAUAUGCUUGUCUGUUUACAUAUUAGUGCAAUAGUCACCCUAUUUUUAUAUAAAAUUUCUUCAAAUUAGCUGUAAUUGUACUACUAUCAGUCGAAACAUAAUCUGCCUGAGCCAACUUACACUGCAGGAAUUUUCUAACAUUGAUUUAUAUUCAUGCAAUAUUUUAAAUUUCUAAUAUUAGAGUUGCUCUGAUUUAUACUUAGUCAAUGCUGUACUUUAUUUAAUUUGUUUUGCUUUUGUUAGUUUUGUGACCCAGGUCCCUCAUGCAAAUGAGACUAUCCUGGUCACCUGAGUUCUCAUCUGAUGAAACAAACGAACUAGGCUUGAGAGACACAACUGGAGAGCACUUUGGAGUUUGUAUACUAAGGGCAGUUAUUGACAGUAGACCAGCAUAAACAUUUUUAAAUAAGGUGAUUUUGUCAACUAAAUUUUACCAUUAAAACAAGACACCAUUGUUACUAAAGUUAGAAAUACUUUAAUCAGUUUAUAUUACAAGCUUAUAUAUGGAUAUAACGUUUGACUUUAAUGAAAAGAAAGUGAACACAAUCUGAAAAGUUUGAAAACGAACAUGUAGAGAUGCGCUCUUCAAAUUACGCUGAGAAACAGAAAGAACACAUGAGAGCAUAUUCAAAAUAGAAAUCUAUUGACUGUUAACAAAGUAAGUGGGCAUGGUCAGGACACAUCACAAGAAUGGACGAUGACCUGUGGUGAAGACUAACAACGGAGCAGCAGCCAAAGUAGAUUACGUUCUCAAGAGGAUCUCCAUUGUGGAAAUCGAGCAAUGAGAUCAGCUCUGGUGCAGGAGCGAGAUGAAAUGUGGAAUCACGUGUUCAUGAAAGGUAGUGACAGCCUGGGGAGGCCUUUAUCCAGCAGUGUAUAGUUCAUGGCUGCUGAUUAUAAUAAUAAUGAAAUGUAAAAAUAACACUGAAUGUCAAAUUUUCCUUUGUCGAUUAGUUCAAUAUUCAGCAUGCUGGCUAACAGAGAAGCUACUGCAGGAUCUCGUGGCAGGUUAUCGCCAUGAAGUCUAAAAUGCUUACUCAGUGCCUUGGAAUCAGUAAGCACCUACAUCGAAUAAAAAUUGUUCAGCCUCAGGUAAAUAUGGCACUUACUGUCAACGUGUGUGAAAAAUAUGAGGACACUUUUGGGGAGACUGAUGACAAAUGGAUAGUGUUGAAAGAAAACAAAAUGCUCAUCACAAGUGUUCACCAUUACAUUGGCAAAGAGUAUGUUGAAUUCCUCAAGUUCAAACUACAAGUUGGAAACCCAGUUGAACUAGCAGGUUUGAAGUCUAGUUCUGGUGAGCCAUUUCGAAUUAAAAUUACUCCAGCUACCGCCCUUCUGACUCCAAAAGAGAAUUCCUCCACUUUCUCCAAAGUUGCAAUAUCCUUUUGCUCGUUUUUGAAUUUACUGCAUGUUAUAAUAAUCUGAGAAUAUAUCUGAAAUGUUACUUCAUAGUAUGAUGGGCAUCAUGCAGGGAUCACAAGAUUGAUGCCUUGUUUUCAUGCCCACUUGGAACAGGGAUCUGCCAGCCCAGUAACAGCCCAGCUCUGCCUCAGGAACUGAAGAAUGUGAUCCAUUGGUCCCCAUAUUUCAUAAGAAAUCGAGGCUCCAUCGGCUUGGCCCUCCUGCACCAUUCCCCCAACCAUUUCCAUCUACAUAUGCAUGCAGCUAGGGGUGGUGGUCACCAAGCAAUAUAACAAAAAAAUCUAAGUUUAUUUUUCACGAACAUUAACAUCUAGACCUUAGAUUACGUUUGGAUAUUUUGACACCUGUAGCUAUUUGUGCUAGGCCUGCAUUGCAUUGUAUAGCAUUACUUUCACUUGUUGACCCAGGUUAAUUUUGCAAAAGAGACUUAAAGCAUCAAUGGGUUCUCACCUGGUGAAAUAACAUCAACCAAACAAUUCUAAGUUACUUAUAUUUUUGUAAUGUCCUGCCAACAAUUUUUUACAUGGUUGUGGAGACAUGCAUUAAGCGAAUUAUGUAAUUGUGACAUGGGCUCUCUGGCAGCUCUCAGUUCCAUUAUGGUGUAAGCAGUUCCUGGUGGUUGUGGAAAUGAUUUAUAGGAGUGAUUAGUUAGGGCAUUCAUUUUUGGGUUUACCUGGGUCCUUCAUCUCUAUUUUACACUGGUCCACAAUGAUAAAAUUGGCAUGUGUUAAUGGGUGACAUGACAUCAAAACAUCUGUAAAUGUAACCACUUAUCUUUAUUUCUUGUCUCCAAGUCUCUCGUCUCUCAUUUAUCUCAUUUUCAUUUUACCUGUGAGGAUUUAGGGUUGCGUUAUCAGAUGGCAGAGAAAAUUCCCAGUUACAGGCCAUAUUGUGUAAAUAUUCUGCAAACUAAGAAUGUUUUGUGAUGUAUGUGUAAAGUGAUGCAGAGCUUGAAUGAUACACAUUACUUUCACGUGUUCUCCUUCAUAUAAAUAAUACUGGUAUUGUAAAUACAUUUUGGCAAUUGUUUGCAACACGUAUACAUGACGGAAUGCAUUAAGGGAUAUAAAAUGCUGAACGUAGAUUUUCCUAAAUUAUAAAUACGUAUUUGCAUAUUGCCCAGGAAUUUGCCCCAUGUUUGAAUGCCAAGAUUUGACAUUUUUUGAAGACCCGCAAACCCUUGCAAAAUGGAAUGAGUUUCACCAAGAGAGCUUGUUAUUAGAAAAGAACAACAUGUAUAUUGAGGGUAUGUAUAUCUUUACAUUCGGUGUUUAUUUUUUUACUUUAAUAUAAAAUACUUGGAACUCAUUCCAAAUGAAUGUGAUAUAAUACUUGUGUCACAAAUAUGUACAGGAUUCAUAACUAGAGGUCCUUGUGUUAUAUAAUUGCGAAUGUAUGUGUUGUCUCAUUAGAAGUACAGCAUUGUACUGUACAUGUAGUCGACUUAUAUUUACUGCACUAUUAAUUUAUUGAAAUGUGAUUUGAAUGUUUUUGUCUAGGUGUGGCACAUCCUGAUAUUCUGUUCAAUGUUGGUGAACCUUCAAAUGAACAGAGUGAUGCAGGAUAUAAAUCAGUCUUGUUAAUAUUUUUGUUUUUUGAUUUCUUCAGUGAGCUAACUUCAAGCUUACAUAAUCUCAGAGUUUUGUUGAAAGACACAAUGCAGAAAUUACCGGAAGUUCUCAAGUCGAAUCAAAGUAGUAUAAAGAAUGCAAUUCACGAUACCUUAGAGAAGGUCCUUGUUCCUCAAAAAAGACAAAAUAAGAUGCUACUCAAAGCCAUCUUGGCUAUUCCACUUCUUGCUGAAUCGCUACAUGGCAUAGUGACGAGGAGUACACACCAACCGUUUCGUGAAAGAUACUUCAGAGAAUUUAAAUGCUCUGAUUCCCAAGAGUUAAGCAUUGCAAUCCAAGACUCUCUAAUAGAUAUUGCUGGAUCCAGCAUGGGGAUUGACAAAGCGAAAUUGAAAGCAGGAAUCAUUCCACAUUUCGUCACCAAACCCAGCAAGACAGAUGGCCUGCCUAUACAAAACCCCCUAGAAGAAAUGCAGAGCAGCUGCAAAAAUAUUAGCCAGCAAGAGGAAAGCAGCACUUUUUAUUCAGGAAACAUUCCAGAAAUGGAUCAGCGUGUGCCUUUAGCCUUUGAUACUAAUGGUGCAGAAACAAGUGCUUCUGAAAAUUACAGCGAUCCUUUAUCAAAUGCAAGCUGUCAUAAGCAAAAUUGUGAAAAUUCAUCAAAAUACUGCCAUAGUGCAACAUAUAGUGACACAGAGCUGUCAACUGAAACUAAGACUGUUUUUACAUACAAAGAUUUACACAAGGUGUCCAAUAAAUUAUCCACAACCAAACAGGUUGAAGAUAUGCAUGAAGUUUCAUCAAUUGGAUUAAGUUUUCAAAACAUCUCUGGAAGCCUUGCUCUUGAGUGUAAAAAUAAAUAUUUUCCAACGUCAGAUAUGUUUGAAGAAAAAAACGAGACAACACAGAAGACCAUUUCAAUGCACAAGUAUUCUCCAAAAACAAAGAAAAUGUGCUUAGAGCAAAACAAACACAAGUCAUUGGCAUGUUCUGUCCAAGGGGACAAACGGUGCAGGUGUGAAUGGCAAGUUGAAUAACAUCCAUUUAUACUGCAAUAGGAUUUGUGAAGGGAGCUUGGAAGAUACAGAUAUAGGCUGGAAAAGCACUUGGCUGGAAGAUUCUACUUGAUAAAUGUAAUUUUAAAGCAACAAGCCUGGUUAAUUUGAAUAGUCAGUCACUGAUUAAUUUAAUUAUUCCUAUCAUAAUAAAUGUGCAGAGACAUGUGUUCUUACAGUAACAUUGUUACAUAUUUCUGUCUACUUUUGUACGGUCACCUGUGAAACUCCAUUCCGUAUGAUUACAUCAUUAAUGAAUAAUUUUGCAAAAUACCUUGUUGGAAAAAAAGAUACAUAUGGAAUUAGGGAAUAUAGCAUAGACCUAUUUUAAUCCCACUGCAAUAACAUAUGGAAGAAUUUCAUUCUUCCACUACAGGACGUUGUUUUACAUUACAUUAGCUCGGCUAUUCACUGCAUAGGUAUAAUGAAGCAUAUUUCUCUCGUGGGGAUUCCACAUUUUUUUCCUAGCAGAAUACACAAUUCACAUCAGAUAACUAUGACUUACACGUGUUCAUUGAUUUUUUAAAAAAAUACAUUGAUAGUCUGUUGGACACUGCCUGUGUUCUAAUUUAUAUGUAAAAAAGUUAAAUGUUACUUCGAUAUUGUAAUGUAUUUAACUUAUUUCGUGUUACGUUUGUUUUAAACUCGUCACCUUUUUUAAUGACUGUUUGCUGAAUAAAUGAGCUCUUGACAGGUUCCUCGACAUUUUCAUUAGAAUUUUGUAAAAAUUUUAACGUUACUUUUUUGAAUUGGUAAUUUUUAGCACUGAUAAUCCUGAGGCUACAAGUAGGUCAGAAUCAUCUCACUCAUGAGGAACACAUUUGGCUAAAGUUAAUACAGCACUAUAGCAAUUGGCAGAUAUCUAGAGUGACUACUGUAGAUUCAAUUUCGUUUUAUUAUGCUUGGUAAUUAUUUAAAAUUCUGUAAAAUAAAAUAAAUUACAGUCAACGUGUCCAUAUGUUAUGUUGCAUGAAGAAUAACGUUCUGUUUGUUUCCAGUAUGUAAUUGACAUGUAAUUGACGUGCCUCCAGAUAAUAUAUCCAGCGUCAUUUCUAAUUCAUGUGAUGCAGCUAAAUGAUGCCCAAAGAGAUUGUAACUUGCUCACCCGCUCAUGCUGGACAUCAGUGAGCUAAAUAGCUUCAUAGCUGAUCGGUUUCCUUCUGCAGUCUCAAUAAAGAUUCUGUGCGGUGGCUCCACCAUACCGUGGAGAGGUGUGCAUCCCGUAUACAUAUUCUUGGGUCUUUCGGUAAAGUCACGUA